CAUUGGGAGAUUUUACGAGAAACUAUUUUCAGCACAGGGUAUAGUCUAGAGCUCGGUAUCUUGUGAUUUGUGAUAUUAUUUUGUUGUGAAGUGAAAUAUUUAGUUUUGGGUUAUUGCCGGUGGAAUUUCCAACUUCGUGAAGUGGAAUAUCCGCUUUGAACUAUGUAUAAAGUGCAGUGGUUAUUGUGAUGAAUAUCUGUGAAAGCGGCAAGAGUGGUGUAUAAUGGAGGAAGGCAGAGCAGCACUCCCUUCUCGUGUUUGAGUUUCAAUUAAUCCUAUUAUGAUCAACUUAUUUUCGUAUAGUUCGGCUAUUUAUAAUUUGGAGGUUCCCAUUUUAAAUUAAAGCAUAAUUUGAUAUACUUAAAAUUGAUGUUAGGUGUCUGAAGAUUCGUUGAAGCUAAUGUAACUUAGUUAAGUCACCGGUGCAAAGGAGCAUAAUUGUCAAGAGCAUAGUCUAAAUCUGUCCUUGCAGCUAAUAAACCUAAUUUCAAAUGAUAGUAGGUCGUUGUUUGCCAUACAUUUUCUGGUUCAUUUUAGAAUUUUGAAGUAAGGUCUUGAGGCUAAAAACUUUUUAAUCCAAAUUUAUUGGAUUGAUUUUAAAAUUGUAGGUGUACAAAAAUUGUCACCAACAUAAAAUAAAAAGGCUAUGCCUGAGACAUAAUAGACAUUGUCAAAAUCAAUUAAUCGUAAAACAUAAAAAAAAUUAGUGGGCCUGGAGGCUUUUAGGAAUUAAGAUCUAGUCUAAUCUGGAAUAAGCUUGGUCUGAUAUAUAGUGAUUAGGCCUAUUAAAGGACAGUUUACUUUACUAUCUGGUCCUUUUAAAAAUGACUCAUUUUAUUAUCGAGAACAUUAUUAUUUAAUACGCAGUGAAGUGUAUAUAUAAAUAUAUAUAUAUGUAUAGUGGGUUUAUGUGUUGAUUAUCAAGAGAACAGUACUAUUGGCUAUUAACCUGUUAAUCCUAGAUGAAAACAAGAUUAAUAAGCACGGGUAGGUUGUAAAAAGCGCCACCAUGUCUUCUGGCACUUUUGUGGAUAGAAUAGACCCAUUUGCAAAACGUUCCGUAAAAAAGAAGUCUAAAAAGUCCCAAGGAUCUUCAAGAUAUCGCAAUGCAGCUGAUGCGGAACUCCAACCACUUCCUCUUCUUAAAGAAGUGCCGUCAUCGGAGCAGGAGGAGCUGUUUAUCCGCAAGUUACGCCAAUGCUGCGUGGCGUUUGACUUCAUGGACCCCAUGGCCGACUUGAAGGGCAAGGAAAUCAAGCGCGGCACACUCAAUGAGCUGGUAGAGUACGUGUCCACCGGUCGGGGCGUGCUCACUGAGCCUGUCUACCCGGAAAUCAUCAAAAUGAUUUCUGCCAAUUUGUUUCGCACUCUACCUCCGAGUGAGAAUCCAGACUUUGACCCAGAGGAAGACGACCCAACGUUAGAAGCGUCGUGGCCUCAUUUAACGCUUGUAUACGAGUUAUUCCUCAGAUUCCUGGAAUCUGCAGACUUUCAACCUACGAUUGGAAAGAAAGUAAUAGACCAAAAAUUUGUGUUACAACUCUUAGAUUUGUUUGAUAGUGAAGAUCCAAGGGAAAGGGACUUCCUUAAGACUGUUUUACAUCGGAUAUAUGGCAAGUUCCUUGGCCUUCGAGCUUUCAUCAGAAAACAAAUCAACAAUAUAUUUUUAAGGUUUGUUUAUGAGACAGAACACUUCAAUGGUGUUGGAGAGUUGUUGGAAAUUUUAGGAAGUAUUAUAAAUGGAUUUGCGCUGCCCCUGAAGUCAGAACACAAGCAGUUCCUGGUAAAAGUGCUGAUCCCGCUACACAAGGUCAAGUGUCUGUCUCUGUACCACGCCCAGCUGGCCUACUGCGUGGUGCAGUUUCUCGAGAAAGAUGCCAGUCUUACCGAGCCAGUCGUCAAGGGGCUGCUCAAGUACUGGCCCAAGACGUGUAGUCAAAAAGAGGUCAUGUUCCUGGGCGAAAUUGAGGAAAUCUUAGAUGUUAUUGAACCAUCUCAGUUCAUUAAAAUUCAAGAACCUCUUUUUCGGCAAAUAGCAAGAUGUGUGUCUAGUCCUCAUUUUCAGGUGGCAGAGCGGGCUCUGUACUUCUGGAACAACGAGUACAUCAUGAGUCUGAUGGAGGAGAAUAAUCAGGUGAUCAUGCCUAUAAUGUUCCCUGCACUCUACCGGAUCAGCAAGGAACACUGGAACCAGACCAUUGUUGCGCUCGUCUACAACGUUCUCAAAACCUUCAUGGAAAUGAAUAGCAAGCUCUUCGAUGACCUCACCGCUAGCUACAAGGCUGAACGCCAGAAAGAGAAGAAACGAGAAAAGGAACGUGAUGAACUUUGGAAAAAACUGUCAGAACUUGAAGUGUCCACAAACAAGGUGAAACAGAACAAAGAUUUGUCGGUACAAAAAAAGUGAUACGAAACUGUGUACAUAUAACUGGCUGCCACUCAGUUCGACAUGUGAGGAUCAAGCACAAAGCUAUGACUUCUCAGUGCGCUACAAAUAUUUAAAUACCGUAUAUUUAUAAAUAUAUAUAUAUAUAUUGCCAUAAUCAGGUGGGACUGAACAGACGGAGACCGUCCGACUUUCUUUUCAUUGUACCUGUGGACGAGUGCAACAAGUAUUAUUGUUACAAUGUGUUAAACCCUUUCACUUGCUUUUAACAGGCCGGUUCGCUUUAUUUUACUUCACAUAAUUUUAGUAAUUUUGGUUGUUAGCAGAUCUAGGAGGGGGGUCUGUCUUGAACGAUGUUAUAUUUUUAUAUAAAUGGGUGAUGUUUGCGGACAAGUGUGGAAGGAUUGGCUACCUGAUGGAAGCGUAUUGUUAACUAGUCUGUUAGCGGACAGAUAAGGUUGUGGUGUUAAAUUACACGUGUUUCUGUGUUAAAAUUAAAUCAGUUUAUGCUCUGACCCAGACACUUGCAUCUUAUAGCUGAUAAAGUAAACUGCUAGUUAUUAUUAAACUGCUCUUUUUUUCAUAAUGUUUUGUUAUGAACUAGUGAAUAAUAAAUGAGUGACAGUGUUACCUAUCUCGUUAUAGGGAAAUGGAUUUUAUAUACAAUAAUUACCAAUUGUAGUUAUCGCUAAUUUAAAGAAAAUCAAUAAAAAUUAUUUAUUUAAGCCAAAUGCAUACUGUGGUAAAAAAUCAAAAGAUAUUGAAAUAUUUAUCUCGUACCCAAGGUGCUGACCGCAAAUCUAAUCUUAAUCCGCUGUUUUAACACUAUGUUUUUAUUUUAUGUGCUAUUGCAAUAUUUUGAGUUAAUAUCGGUCAAAGUACAAUUCCAAACCUGACUUUACAUUUCAGUUUAGGUUACUUUUUCUUGUUACUGUUCUUUGCAAUUUAUGUGAUAAAGACUCACAUUAAAAAAAUCUUCCUAUAUUAUUUAUGUCGUUUGUAUUUCCUUUUUGUGUCCAUUUUGGUGAACUAAUGUAUGUACUUCUUUGUAUAUGAUAUUGUUUAAAGUGUAGAUAGUAUUACCGCUCAUGUUUAAAAAGUUGUUGCUAAUAAAUAGUUGUAUUUUAUCAGUGCCAACUUUUAAAUAAAAAUGUUGAGAAUAAAACCAUUAAAUCAGGAGUUAAUGUAAAAUUAAAAGAAGAUUAUAUAAAGAAAUUAUGUUAUUUUUCAUUAUUUUGUACAUUGUCUGACCCAUAUUUGAGCACUACCUGCAUAUAUGGUGUAGAUUCAAUCUUUUUUGGCUCAUCCAAUGAGUAACAGAAAAUACAUUCAUAUUUAUUUGUUACGGUUGUUCCUUUAUUUUUAAGCAUUCCCAAUACUCAAUCUCCCCAAUAGUGGGUGAGUGGAUUUUUUUGUUGAAGUAUUAGAAUUUUAAAUGUAAUUCUUACCAGUUAAAUAAUUUUUUAUUUAGUUUUUGACAAAUCAUGACUUGGAGUGUUGUUCAGUGAUUACCCAAGUAAAAUAGGUUAAUUGUGUUCAUGUUAUAAUGUGUUGGACUAAUUUAUUUGAGUUUUGAAUGAUAUUUUUUAAUUCUUAUUCAGCUAUGCAGAUGUGUAUCUUGAUGGAAAUUUUAUUUCAGCAAUAAUAAAAUAAGUUAAAUGCUACAAAAUGGAUUACUUGAAGGAAAAAUGUUAAAAUUUGGGGAAAAUGUCAAAUUAAGUAAAAAAAUAAUCGUAAAAAUCUAUUAAAUCCUAAGCAUAUAAUGUGUAACCCAGAAAUGGGACAAUAUUGAUUUUUAACAAAUUAUUUGUAAAUUAUAUGCUUGAUUUCAUUUCCAAGAAAGUUUAGGAAUUGUAAUAGGAUUUUGGGGACUGUGGGUAGUAACUAAUUGUUUAGGAUAAAUUUCAAUAAAAUGUUGCAACAAGA